UUUUUUAAGAAGUAAGCUGCUGUUUUUGAGAGAGGGAAAUGAUUGUGUUUCCCUAGCAUAAAUGCCUGUGCUUAACAAAUGCUCAUUGCCUUGAUCUGAACAGAGACAAACGAAUUUCACGCAAGUCCACAAACUAUGCCCCAAAGCAUGUCCAGUCUUCUAUUUGUGAUUCACUUCACUAACAACAAUGGUCCCCAAUCAGAGUUAACUAAUAGUCACAUCUAUUGUGUGAUUGAUUAUUUGCUAAGCCCAGUCGGGGUCUAGUCAGAGGGUUAAAACAAUGAGUUUAGGGAAACCCCCAAACUACCUGUGGAUGUAAUUUCUGCAUCUCUCCGGUACCAGUCAUUCUUUGGUUUUAUUUUCCCAUCCGUAGUGUUUAAAACCAAGCCUUGGUAAGGAUGACUUUACCCUCAUGUCAACCAGGGAUUCUCCUGCCUGACCUGAAAGUAGAAGCCACAGUGCAUGACAAGAAUGUUGACGAUUUGCGGAAGAAUUAAAGAUUGUGACAGUAAUCUGUGACUCGGUUCACCUCUGUCGUGAAGAUAAUGAGAGAGGAUAGGGGGGAGUAGAAGGAAAAGAAGAUGGGUCCAUUUUCCGUCAUCCCCCUUUAGGGUCCCCCUUAGGUUCCCCUUCAGGAAGUGGAGUAGAAAAAAAAAACCCUGCAUUGUCAGUAACUCUGGGUCAACCACAAGUUACAAAUAGUAAGGAGGUCAAUGGAAACAGGGACAGUGAUUACUAUAAAACCGACGGGUCCCGUCGUUGACAUACCCAGGGAGGCGUGCUCAGAAGAAAGUGUUUCCUGAGCAAAGAGGCAGCCCGCUGGAAAGAAGCAUGCAGAGAACACGCGAGACAGCCGUGGUCAAGUCCCUGCUGCUGUUGAUAUUGGGGCUUGCCAUCCUGAGGGAGGUAACAGCUCAGAAGAAACCCAUAGCAAGGGCUCUUGUCUCCCAGAAUGCUGGGAACUGCCCUCCUCUGGAGGAUAACAGUGUGAGAGUUGAUCUCCGCAUCUUCAAUCGAAACCAGGGUGUUUCUGUCUCACAUGACUUCCAGAACCGCUCCACCUCCCCGUGGGAUUACAACAUCACCCGAGACCCCCACCGGUUCCCCUCGGAGAUUGCUGAGGCCCAGUGCAGAUAUUCAGGCUGCAUCAAUGCGCAGGGGCAGGAAGACAGCUCCAUGAACUCCGUCGCCAUCCAGCAAGAGAUCCUGGUCCUCCGGAGGGAGCCCCAGGGCUGUCCUAAUUCUUUCCGGCUGGAGAAGAUGCGGGUGAAGGUCGGCUGCACCUGCGUCACGCCCAUCGUCCGCCGCACAGCCUGACAAAGCUUCGCGUUAAACUGAAGAAGCUGGGGAAAUGCCUGUCUUUAUCCAGCACUCUGCAUAAAGCCUUAUAUUCAAGUCUCUCUGCUUCCUAGGACUCUUAGUAAGGUGUGCAUGGCGUUCUUGAAGCUCUGUUAGGUAUAGUGUUAAUGUUAUUAUUAGAUAGAGUGUUAACUGUUAGAUAUAGUGUUAGCUAUUAGAUAUAGUGUUAACUUUCUGGCAUGUUUUAGAAUUGCUACCUACCAGCCCUGAUGCAUUCUAAUGCCUUGAACUUCUGAAAAUGAAGGAGAACUAAGGCACCCUUGGCCCAGCCUCUUUAUAUUACAUGAUGACCAUAUAUAUAUGUACAUAUAUAUAGUCAGUCAUGUCACUUUGGUGCAAUAUCAUUCUUAUAGAGUUCAAGGAAGUACUUGUAUUUCUGAUGGAAAUGGAGAAAACCCAUUCAGAAUGUAUGUGUAGUGUGGGCUGGGUAAGCAAGGAUGGGGCAAGCAUCUGGUAUGUGUGUCCAUAGAAAAAUUUGCUAAAUAUAAAUUAGGGUGCCAUAAACUAUUAUGUAUUUAUAUUUGACAAACUACACAUAUAUUUAUGACCUAUUGAUUAUAUAAAGCUUAGUAGAAAAUUAAUAUAUUCAUUACUUAUGAAAUAAAAUAUUAUUAAUUAAAAUAUU